UAGCUGUGCCUGGGAUUGCCCCGACCCAGGUGUAGGACCUUGCAGGUACUAAGCACAAGCAUGUGAGUAAACAGAAGGAAAAGUCGUAUGUGGAACAGGUUGUGAGCACAUCACUUAUGUAAAGAAAAGUAUUUAAUCGUUUGGAGAUUAGAUGCAAAUGCACUUUAGAAUGGAACAGAAGCAAAACCUUCUACUUGUUUUAUUGGUACUCUGCAUCCAACUUAAUGUACCUGUAUAGCCAGAAUUCAAGCUGUUUGGUACGCUCAUAAGCUUGCCAUGAAUUCUGCUGUGUUUCAAUACUAUGUAAUUCUUUCUCUUGAGUACUGAAAGUUAUCAGAUUUGUAGGUGAAAUGAGCAUUGUAACUAGUCAUGCAUUGACUCAAAAUAACUACAGAUAGCAGCUAAAUCAAGUAUGAAACAAAGUAUGGAUCUUACGAAGUCUUCCAAAGGAGCUAUUAGAAAAUAAGAAAAUUCUACACAAUAGGUGUAAUGUUUACUUCAUAUGUUGAAGAAUAUUACAUAUGUUAUUAUGUAAUAUUACGAAGCUAUUAUGAAGAAAGGUAUGGACCAGAAUUAUGUUUGCUGCUGUGAUAAUAAACUUUUCUAAUUGUUAUCUGCAGGGUAACUUGUAUUACCCACUCUUAUCAGCCAUGCAGUAGACUUCUCCCGGGCUAGUUUGGGGUUAAAAAAAUAUAAUCUUGUUUUCCAAGUCCAAGGCAACUUACAGAUCACUAGCAUUUAUUCAAAAAACAAAAACGAAAACCAACCGACCAAACAGACAUAACUUAGAAACAAAACAAAGACAAACCACAGACCCAAACAACAAAGAAACCUGAAAGGAACAAAAAACCCUGCACACCAAAAGCCAGCUCCCCUCAACCCCUGCUGAUAGUGCAGCUAAUGACGCAGUUCUCUGACCCUUGCUUCCUUGUUGCUUGUCAUGGUUUAAACCUUUUCUCAGGGGAAAAAAGGUUAGGGAACAAGUAAAGCAGAAAACCGUGUUCACAUCAGCUCUCCUUUUUUCUUCAACAUUUGCAAUAUAUCUAAUGGGGGUAAGGCUCAGGCAUUUCUAAAAGCCUGUAAAUUGUUUAUCUUGUGUUCAUGCAAGAGUUUAUACGUUAUUGUACAUGUUGUUGACAAGCCAGAACAUUGUGUCCCUUGAUUAUGGAGUACUGCUGCUUUUCUCCAGUGUCAAAAUCUGCUUCAAAAGCUUAUGUUCCAGAUUCUUGUUUGCAGGUUGGCAUAGGACUCCACAGCACAGUUGCAUUCUUUUGGUAAAAUAGCACUUGAAAAUGCCAUCUUUUAUUAUUAGGUUCCUAAUUUAACGUGAAAGAUAGAGAACAUAACCAGCUUUAUUCAACAUUGUACCUGACAGAAGAACUAGUUUCCAGUUUGGUGUGUGCCCUGCUAACUGUGAUUGGUAGGCUUUUACUGUAUGUUCUUUUUCCUUCAGCUGUUUUUUGCCACAACUUCCUCAAACUUCAGGUGUGUGUAUCAGGAUAUGUGUAUCUUGAUGAGAUCUUGUGUGUCACUUGAUAAUAACCAUGUGUGGAAACCUCUGUCGUUCUGAAUCUUUCUUUCUGAAGUAGAAGGAAAAGGGUAAGCUGAUAAAUACUCAAACUUUGAAAAGUAAGAAAGAGUUGGAACUUGUUCAGUGGUGCUGGUGUUAAGAUGUUUUCUCUUCAUAUAGAAGUGAAGCUGUUACAAACACCACCUCAGACUGCUUCUGUUAUAUGCUUGUGGCAGUGGUAGGUUAUCUCACUAAUGUGCGGUUGUACAAUGCCAAUACAGCCUUUUCUUUAGACAUGAAGUACAGUACCCUUGUAGUACAGACAUUUUUCUUUAGACCAGUCACCUUCUCAGUCAUCAUAUUGGAACAGAUACAAAUGUGAUUUUAGUCUUAAUCUUUAAGAGAUACAGAAGAAAAAGUUUGAUCUCUUGUAGUAAUAUGAAAUUGCUUGUCAAUGAAUUCAGUCAUGUACUUCAUACAGUCCCAGUGUUGAAUACAGCAUGGGGCCUUGCUGCUCAAAUUUAGAGCAGAAAUGGAAAUACUGUCAAUGUCUUCUGUUGAUGCAGGCAGAAUUUGGUAUAAAGCUCACUCUGGUUCAUUAUAAAUGGGAAAGCUAGGUCUGACAGCAAGACUCUGAAACUCUAUUAGUUCCCUAGCUGUAGCUAAAAGGCAGUGGUUAAUGUUGCAUAAGAAAGUGUAUACCUUCAAUUAGAUAUUGAUAUCUUCUGAUGAGAUCGUUAUUGGUAUCAUGUAAAGCACAGUCUCAAACUCAUAGUAGCCAUUAUACUUUAACCAGUGUUUUUCACACCAAAAGUAAGGAAAGUGAUGCACGUGUACUCUGCCAACCAUUUCUUGGAGCUGUAGCAAGUAAGUGUUUCAAUAAAUGUUUUAACUUGGUGUUGCUCUCAAAAGGCUGCCUUCUCAUAAUCCUGCUUACAAUGUUUUAUGUGGUUGUAAGGUGAAUGGUAAACUGUGGAUCAGCUAGACUAGUUUUCUAGCUUUUUUGAUGCUUUACAGCCUAAACAGCUCUCCCAGCACUACUCAGCCCUGUGGACAACUGGGGAUGGCAGAGCAGGACUGGUGGCUGUGUAAGCUUAAUGCCCAUUAGAAGAAGGGGGCAUGGGAAGUCAUGGUUAGUGUCAACAUUACUGUGCUGUUUCUGGCUGUGCUUUAACAUAUAGAGAUCUGAUGUGGUUACAGCAUAUGACAUUCAUCUUAGUAGUGACGUAUCUUUUCUAAAACACUAGUGUUGGUUCAGGGGAUGGUAGAGUAUGACAAAUGUUCUGUCAUAGUCAUAAUUCAGCAAGUCUGUUACAUGAUGUUUUGAUAUUUGUUGCACACUAGUCCCAGCACUGUCGUCUUCGGUUCCUUGAAAUUCCGAUCUGUUGUGGAAUGAACAAAGCUUAGCAAUUGAAGCAAAGUUUGCUGGCAGAACAUUCUUGCUUCACAGCUGGAGGUUUUCUAAGAGUUUGUACCUACUGAAUGGCCUGGGAAGUAGGGUCAUCUAGCCAUGGAUGCUACUGUUGCCUUAUGUUUAAAUUCUUUCUUGAAAGAGCUGCACUUUGUUAUUAAUUAUAGAGAGAGCUUUGUAAGAUGUGCAGUCACUCUAAUUAGCAUAGGUGGCUUUUUCUGUUGAUUAAAUAGACUUGUUAAUUAGUUAUUGUGCAUGGUUUGAAUAUUACUGAGGCACAUUGAGUCAUGGAAGUGUUGGUUGGAAGGAACCUUUAUCUCCUAUGACUUCCUUCUUGAAGGAGGAUUAUCGCCAAUGUCGGAUCAGAUCAGCCUUGGUUUUGUCUAGCUGGGUGAUGGAAAACCUUCAAGGGCAGUUUCACUGCCUAUUUGGGUGUAGUGGAGGCAAGAAGAGUGUUGCUUGGCAUUGUCUGUUUUCUGUAUGUGGAAAAGGGUACAGGGGAGAACAAGGGGGAAAUACUCUCUGUGUCUCUUUAGGGAGAUUCCAAUUGCCGAACAAGAACCUAAUUAAAUAUGGGAGAAAACAGAGGUGUGCCAAGGCUGCAGUGCUCUGUAACCAGGAAGUUCUGAUAAGUUAAAGCCUCUCUGUUUUAAUGAAGACCUCAGUUUUAACCUCAGUGCUCAAAAGAUAUUUAUGGGGACUGCACACAUGGGGUGUGUGGGAGGAGUUGGUACUGAGGAUACUAGUUUUAAGAAUGUUAGGAUGAUGUACCUCGUAGCCUACUAGCUUGUUACUGAGAUACAGUUAAAAAGAGGAUACCCUCUGAAUCAUGAGGAAAUGCAGUAUGAUCCUUGGAAAGGCAAAAGAUGUUGAAGGCCUUUGAGGAGAGGAUGAACAGGAAAAACUCCUGGAUGAAGCCAUUCAGGCUGUGAAGGUGCAGUCUUUCCAGAUGAAGAGAUGCUUGGACAAAAACAAGCUCAUGGAUGCUCUGAAACAUGCUUCCAACAUGCUUGGUGAGCUGCGGACUUCUAUGUUGUCUCCAAAGAGCUAUUAUGAGCUCUACAUGGCAAUUUCUGAUGAGCUGCACUACUUGGAAGUCUACCUGACAGAUGAAUUUGCCAAAGGAAGGAAAGUGGCAGACCUUUAUGAGCUAGUACAGUACGCUGGAAAUAUUAUUCCAAGACUAUAUCUCCUGAUAACAGUGGGUGUUGUCUAUGUCAAGUCAUUUCCACAGUCCAGGAAAGAUAUUUUGAAAGACCUGGUGGAGAUGUGCCGUGGAGUACAGCAUCCUCUUAGAGGCCUCUUUCUUAGGAACUAUCUCCUGCAAUGUACCAGGAAUAUCUUACCAGAUGAAGGCGAGCAAGCAGAUGAAGAAACCACUGGAGACAUUAGUGAUUCAAUGGAUUUUGUGCUGCUGAACUUUGCUGAGAUGAACAAACUUUGGGUGCGAAUGCAACACCAGGGCCAUAGUCGGGACAGGGAGAAAAGGGAGCGAGAAAGGCAGGAACUCAGAAUCCUAGUGGGAACAAACCUGGUUCGCCUCAGUCAAUUGGAAGGUGUCAAUGUGGAACGAUAUAAACAGAUUGUUCUGUCGGGAAUAUUGGAGCAAGUUGUUAACUGCAGAGAUGCUUUAGCUCAGGAGUACCUCAUGGAGUGCAUCAUACAGGUUUUUCCAGAUGAAUUUCACCUCCAAACCCUGAACCCAUUUCUCAGAGCCUGUGCUGAGCUGCACCAAAAUGUGAAUGUGAAAAAUAUAAUUAUUGCUUUAAUUGACAGGUUAGCUUUAUUUGCACAUCGUGAAGAUGGACCUGGUAUCCCAGCAGAUAUCAAACUGUUUGACAUAUUUUCACAGCAGGUGGCUACUGUUAUACAGUCUCGUCAGGACAUGCCCUCAGAGGAUGUGGUAUCUUUGCAAGUUUCUCUCAUUAACUUGGCUAUGAAAUGCUACCCAGACCGUGUUGACUAUGUUGAUAAGGUGUUGGAGACAACUGUGGAAAUAUUCAACAAGCUUAAUCUAGAACAUAUUGCAACAAGCAGUGCUGUUUCAAAGGAGCUGACUAGACUUUUGAAAAUCCCUGUUGAUACUUACAACAACAUCCUGACAGUUCUGAAACUAAAACAUUUUCACCCACUGUUUGAAUACUUUGAUUAUGAGUCCAGGAAGAGCAUGAGUUGUUACGUGCUUAGCAAUGUAUUGGAUUAUAACACAGAAAUUGUAUCCCAAGAACAGGUUGAUGCUAUCAUGAAUUUGGUAUCCACGCUGAUCCAGGAUCAACCGGAUCAGCCUGCUGAAGAUCCUGACCCUGAGGACUUUGCUGAUGAGCAGAGUCUUGUGGGAAGAUUUAUUCAUCUCUUGCGUUCAGAUGACCCUGACCAACAGUAUCUGAUCCUCAACACUGCCCGGAAGCACUUUGGUGCAGGUGGGAACCAGCGUAUUCGUUUUACACUGCCACCAUUGGUUUUUGCUGCAUACCAGCUUGCUUUUCGCUACAAAGAGAACUCCAAAGUGGAUGACAAAUGGGAAAAGAAAUGCCAGAAGAUUUUCUCGUUUGCCCAUCAGACCAUCAGUGCUCUGAUCAAAGCAGAACUGGCAGAGCUGCCUCUCCGUCUCUUCCUACAAGGAGCACUGGCUGCAGGAGAGAUUGGCUUUGAGAAUCAUGAAACUGUGGCCUAUGAAUUCAUGUCCCAGGCCUUCUCUCUAUAUGAAGAUGAAAUUAGUGAUUCAAAAGCGCAGCUGGCUGCAAUCACGUUGAUAAUUGGGACAUUUGAGAGGAUGAAGUGCUUCAGUGAGGAGAACCACGAGCCUUUGAGGACUCAGUGUGCAUUGGCAGCCUCUAAGCUCCUUAAGAAGCCAGACCAGUGCCGGGCUGUGAGCACUUGUGCCCAUCUAUUUUGGUCUGGCCGAAAUACUGACAAAAAUGGAGAGGAGCUUCAUGGAGGAAAAAGAGUGAUGGAAUGCCUAAAGAAGGCUCUGAAGAUAGCAAAUCAGUGCAUGGACCCCUCUCUGCAAGUCCAGCUUUUCAUAGAAAUUCUGAACAGAUACAUCUACUUUUAUGAAAAGGAAAAUGAGGCGGUGACAAUUCAGGUUUUGAAUCAGCUGAUACAGAAGAUAAGAGAAGAUCUCCCAAACCUUGAGUCUACUGAAGAAACAGAACAAAUUAACAAACACUUUCACAACACACUGGAGCACUUGCGUCUGAGGAGGGAAUCACCAGAAUCUGAGGGGCCAAUUUAUGAAGGUCUUGUUCUUUAGGAGGAUACACACUGUACUUACUUCUUUUCAUUUAUGUACCGUAUGGGGUUUUUUCUUUUUUUUUUUUUUUUUUUUAAGAUAGAUUCAUAGGUUGUGCCUUUCAUAAAUGUCAAGUUAACAUUCAUGUGUUUAGUCUGGCACUUCAAACACUUGCAUUGAGUACUUUUAACAAUUUGAAAGGUUGGACCAGCAACUGCAGGUUUCGUCAGUUAGCAUGGCUGAAACUUUCUUUGAAAUCCAUGUGACAUGGUAGGGCUCUUCAGGUUCUGAUUUCUCUUCUGUUUGUUCAGUGUUGCUUCUGUAGCACUAGAGUUCUAAAUUGGCAGUGACUGUCAUCUGAAACUCUGUCUGAUCCUUACACAGAGCAUCAGAUUUUUGGUAUUAUUGUAUGUCAGAUUCUGCUUGUGCUUUUCUUAUAAUGCAAGUUAAGACUAAGUGUAAUAUUUUUCCCUAAAAACUAGAAUAUAUUAAUGCAUGUUUGGAGAAUUUUAAAGCACCAUGUUCAAAACCAGAAGUUAUAUUUUGCAUAUUAAGGCUCUGUGACAUUCAGUGAGGGCCAGUACUGUGCACAGGGCAUAUUUAUCAAGAUAACUUUGUUCCAAAUAGUAUAAAAAUAGAGAAAUUGCAAUCUAUAUAGAUAUGUAUAACCUUCAUUACUGUAAAUUUAGGGAGAAACACAUUACACGAGUUUAUUCAGUAUCAUGAUUUUGCACCAGUGAAACAAUAAAGUUGCUAUUAACACAUGUUGUUUCAUGUCUCUUCAGAGCCCACUGUUGAAUCCAAUGUUAAUGUUGAACCUUUUGAUAAAAACAGAAGAACUUCUGUUUUGUAGGGACAGAAAAAUUACAGCAUAGUUAACCUGGACAAGCUGGGAGGCUUCUAUGUUUCUGAUGUGGAAGUUUGUCAUUCAAACCCAGUAUUUUUCCAACUGAUGCUGAGAUGAUGUGUUUUCACAUUUCAGAAUGCUUUUAUGACGUAUCAUGAGAGUGGUAGAAAACCCUACGGGAUUCUAGGUCUGUGCUAGAGUAAUGAGUGGAAAUUACAAGAAAAGCCAUAGGAAUCAGAGUGGUAGAACAAUUGCCCAUGGCAACUCCUGUGAAAACUGGUCUGGUCUGUAAGUUAAUGCCAGUUGCUGAAAGCUUUGAAAUUUUGUUUUACCUUAACUGAAUGUAAUGUUCUAAAGCUUAACUGAUUGAACUUCCUUGUUUCUUGAGUUGACCACUGUUGUGAAAAUUGUCCUGACUUGAUUGGAUAGUGAAUGAGACUCCAAUAAUUUAGUGUAACUUGUUCUAUGAAAAAGGCAAAUAUGAUCCUAAGAAACAGAAUUAGGGAGUAGACAACAAUGACAACAGUUAGAUCAUUGAUCUACUGAUGUGUAAGUCUGUCUUGGAGGGGAGGAGGAAUGAGAUGAUCUAAUGGCUUUACUUGCCCAAGUGGUGUAAUUAAUGCUGCUGAAAAACCUUAAUGUCGCUCUGUAUCUGGAUAAUGUUCCUCCUAAGAAAACUUUUAAGAUGAUUUUUUUAUUAUAAAACAUGCAUAGCAGAACAUGAUGAUCACGUUCAUGUAGAUCCAUUCAUGUAGUAGCAAUAUGCCUUCCUAGUAUACAGUAUUUGCUAACCAUGUUUGUUUAAUGCUCAAGGUUGGUACUUGUAACUUAGGAAUUGUCUUUGAAUAACAGUUUUGUGGUGGUUUCAACUGCAGUAACCCAAAUGUUGUAGCUAGUGCUUUUUCCCAUGUACCACUUCUUAAGGCUACAAAGCUAUAACUUGUCCACAGUUCUUAAUUGCUUUUAUUGAAAUUUUAUAAAGUAAAUUAUUUCAAAAUAUUGUCUGUAAACUUUAAGAUCAACUGUACUAAUACGCAUUUUGGCUGUGCAAGUGGACAACUACUGCUGUUCAGUAACUAUCACCUGCCAGUAAAGUGUCUGUUAAGCUAUGUAGAAAAGGCUUAUGAUGGCGGAAACAAACUUGUGUCACAAGUGAUGUUCAAAUUCAUAACUCUUAUAGGACAAAUCUAGUCAAAACUUGGGAUCUGCCUGUGUGAGCUUCUCUUGUGGCAGAGGCAGAAUGGCAAGAACAGUAUGUAGUUGUUGGUUCUUGGUUCUCAAACACACAAUAGCAAGGCUGUAAAUUUUAGACUUUUCUAAGUUGUGCUGUUCAUGAUGCAUGACUUAGAAAAUGACUGAACAAUUUUUUUUUAUUUUUUUUUUUAACCACUAUGACUUGAUUAAUAGAUCCAAUGGGUGGGGUAGGGGAACACAACAUUUUUUUCAGAACUGGCCAGAACUAGUAAAAGUCUAAUUGGAAAUGUAAAAAUUACUCCAAUGGAAGUUUACCUAAAGCUAUGUCUAUAGCAAGAUCUGUCUGAUGUAGAUCUCGGACCAAUCAUGCUUACUCAAUACUUACAGCAAAAGAUAGAAGAGUAAUACCUGUCAGUCCUGUAAGGAGGAGCAGAGGCUUGACUUGAGUAGAUUCCUGCCCAUGGAGAAUCCUGACAGAGGGCAGGAAGGAAAUAGCUGAGGUAGGAAACUCAUGGUGAAACUCUUCCAGUGUAUAAACUCUCUCAAUUAUCAUAGCUUCUAUUACAGAGCUCAAACCUCUCUUUUAUUCCUAUUACUGAACUUAGUUCUACUAUUUCUCAGUCACCUUUUCCACUGAAAUCAGUGCUCCCUUACCUGCUACAAUUGCUAAGCUGCUCUGGUAACCUGACCAGUCUGGUUCCUCUUGUCCCAUGCUUUUCCUAGACACCAGUAUUUAGUUUUUUGCAUUGGUCAUUAUCUCAUCUGGCUUGUCACUAAGUGGAGGGAAAAGCAUCCUACGCUUAACAGCUGAGACCCUUGGUGUCUUAGAGUGGGUUUGGGGGUAAAACGUAACAGGUCCAAGGUUAAGACUUUAUGAAAUUCCUUACCAACAGUAUUUACAGUUAUGAAAAGUGAGAGAGCCUGAACUCUUAUUAUUGGCCAUAAAUGUUAUAUUCCCUUUUCUGCACUGUAAUGCUAGCGCACCAUUACCAGAAAAUAUACUGUCGGCAUAAUUCCCAAAGAGCUUUGAGAAAUUAUCUUUCUUUUCAUUGCUGUGAUUUCUCCAGCUAUGUGGAUGAUUAUAAUAUUUGCAGGUGAAUAUUAGCCAGUUCAUGCUCCCACUGAAAGGAAGAUACUUCACACUUUUCACAUAAAAAUAUGAGGAUGAAUUUUGGCUUUUCCUGGGCACAGUAGUUUUAUAAAGGCUUUCCUGAAGCUCAUGUGACACAGAGGGUAUAGAACAGGGUUAAUGGCUGAAUUCACCCACAGAAGCCAAAAGGAAGUCUCAUAGAGUGAAUACUGCACGCAGUGGCCAUGGCAAGCUGCUCUGAUGAUCAUCAGAAGUGUAUAUGGAGCCCAACACAAACCAAACACACAGACAAUAAUUGCUAAAGACUUUGCUAUUCUCUUAUCCCGGGAAAGUCUAAAUCUGUUUGCCAUAGUGUUAGCCAUGUUCACGCUGCUGGUGGUGCUGUAUAUGCCUUCUGUAGUUUUGUAGAAACCACUCCUAUGAGGCUUGGUCUCAACUUCCACCUGGAGUGGUGGAAGGUCUUGAUUGACAUUCAAAUUUAAUGACUGAUUGCCAAGCUUAUGUUGGCUAACCCUUGAAGCCUUUUUGCGGGGAGAACGGCUGCUUACUCUCUUCUCAUGUUUGUGUCUGUUAGCAGAUUUUACAAAAAAUAUAGUGUGUUCCCUUUUUUCCCCUUGGAAACUCAUUUCACAGUCCUCUUGACCAGGUGAUAGGUUUUCUUUCCUGAGGGAUAUGCGUUUCCUGAUGUUGAGGUAAAUACUUAAGUUAAAGUAUGUAACAGUGAUGAAAGGUGUAAAGAAUUCAAUAGUAGAGGCAAUCAUUAGGAAAUACCAGUUGUAGAAGAAUUCUGCAUGACAUUCUCCUUCAGGGAGAAUGCUCUUUUGGGCAAUGUGCUCCCAACUGAGAAUGGCUGGACCGUAGAGAAGAAAAGCAGCAAUCCAUACAGUGAUCAUCUUUAGCACUGCAUUUCUGGUCAUCCCCUUCUGAGCCCGGUAACUGACCUAAGAGAGAGAAAAAGUGAAGUCACAUCCAUUACUAGUACCUUAAACAUGGCUACCUUGGGAGAUGGCCCCCUCAGUCACUUGUGAGGGUUGAUAAUAUAUUGGUUUAGGGGUGAAGGGUUAUACUGAGCUUACCAGUACCACAGAACAGCUGUUUCUGAAAUAGGCAUUCCAACAAACAGUAUCAAGGUGGCCGGAUAUGUUUUGAGAAUGUGCAUCAGAGCUUAAAAGCUAGAAACCCAAGGCUUUUCCAAGGCAAACAACUGCCGCUGUUCCUAGAAGUGGUUGUCACCAGUUGCUUAUGUAUUUUGGUUGCAUUACCUGUGACACCAAUUUACAUAAUGUCUGAAAACAGCACUUCAAAAUCUACUUAUUUAGAAUUUUUUAAUAAUUUAAAAUACAUAAAAGAAUGUGAAUUCCUAGAACACCCAUGCAAGUUCUUUUCUUUCUGUUUUGUGGAAAGAUAGCCCUUUUUUUCCUUAAUGUGAAAAUCACACCACAAGAAAGUUAAUGGGUAACAGCUUUUACUUUCGUUUGAUAUCCUUAAUUUCAUUCUUUUAUGACUUUCUUUUUUGAAGACUUGCAGAACUCUUAUCUGCAAUUAAGAUGCAUAGAUGGAGUGUUGAGGUCUGCAAAGUGCUUUACAGGAAGAGUAACUGAUUUCCCUUAUGUAGAAAAUAAACUAAGGUACAAAAAAAUUAUGUCAGUAAACCAUAUGAGCAGUAACAUUCAGUAGAAUCUUAAAAUCAAGAUGAUCUUCUCCAUAGCCUAAUUCCCUGCUGUACUGGACAACAUUCAUAUAGUGAAUUGGAAUUCAAUCUUCACAGCUCUGCUGUGGCCACACAGUGUUUUGGGUUAUGAAGUCCUCAAGCUUGAAUUCUGUACAGAAUUCAUGUUUACUGACCCAGUCUGUGGAUCUUGCUCUCCGAAGCCAGUGCUGUUCUGGUAGAGUACCCACAAAGCCGAGGAAUCCCGAGUUUGUCUGAAUCAGGUCUGAUUUUGCAAUCCCUAAGAAAGCUAUGAAUGAUUUCAGGGGCAGUCUUAUAGGAAGAUUAGCAUUUUUAUUGAUACAGAGAAUAAUUUAGAACUUCAUAAAUUCCUGUUCUUACACUGCUCUAACCCAACUGGCAGCUUCUGUACUCUUGCUCGGGGAGGGAUUUUUAUAUGGGGAUUGAUUUGAAGUAUGGAAAAGUGGCUGAUUAUUAUAAUUUAUUAUAACCAGUUUUCCUUGCUGAAACCAUCUAUUUAUAUUUAUACUAUUGGUAUAGUCGUGAGUUUAUUUGAUGAAAGCAAAAAUCAUGGCUAAUUCAGAACCUGGAAAAUAAAGGAAUUCUGUGCGUUGACUGUUUA